AUGUUGAACACAAGCCCUGAUCAUCUUCCCCACAACAAGACCCUGGAAAUUAAGCAAAACAACAAGUUCUUUUCCAGGCUUUUAUCAAAGGAAAACUCUGUUACCAAUCUUUCUUUCAGGGUCUACUAUGGCGGUCUCUCCGGUGCUGUCCCUUUCAUGUGGGAGUCUCAGCUCGGUACUCCCAAAUACACAUUCUCCGAUACGUCCAUCCCUCCUCUAACUCCUCCUCCAUCUUUCUACUCCAAGUCCACCACAAAACCCAUCAAGAACAAGCGCUCAAGAUCUGGUCUUUUGCAAGCAUUGUUCCCAAAGAUGAUCAGUUUGAAGAAAAGCAGCAACCUUGUGCCUUCUUCACCUUCUUCUUCAUCAAUGUUUGUUGCGAUGAGUCCGAGAAAAGACCAGAAAAGGAGUCGAUUUUCGAACACGGAUGAUGAAAAUGGUGCAGCCAUUGGAUCGCCAACUUCCACUCUAUGCUUUGAUAUUGGUAGGGGGAAGUCCAGGUGA